GGUAUGUGUGUGUGUAUAUGUGAGUGUGUUUGUGAGUGUGUUUGAGGCUCGUCGAGCAGCAGGGGAACUUGAAAACUUCCCUGCUUUCCGCGAGGCGGAUCUGUGAUCGAAGACUCAGCGAUCGGGAGCCGAAUCGGCUGCUUUACAGUCCCGCUGUGAUCGACAGAGGAGGACCGGGUCCGGUUCUCAGAGCGUUGGAACGAUUUCCGGCCAACAUGGAUGAUUUAGAUGCUUUGUUGGCGGACCUUGAGUCCACAACAUCCCACAUUUCCAAGCGUCCGCUCUUCCUGUCUGACGAGACUGCCUACUCCUUGCCUGUUGGGGGUCAGAACCAGCAAGACCUCUGUUCUCCACCCCAAGUCCCACCCACGUCCUCUGAGCUAAACGGACUUGAUGAAACAGAGUCCUUCAGCUCAGCUCAAAGAGGCCCGUGGUCUGGAGAUAGCAGCAGUCCAACUCGACCCAUUGGUGAAGAGGACCACGUGUACAGUUUCCCUAAUAAGCAGAAGAAUAGUGAGUCAUCAGCUGUUGCCAUGAACUCAUCCUUGGGCAGCAACCUGUCUGAGCUGGACCGCCUGCUGUUGGAGCUCAACGCUGUGCAGCAAAGCACCCCUGCCUUCCCCACAGAAGAAGAAGCAGCUCCCCCACUGCCUGCCAGCAGCAUCAUCCACCACGUUCAGGAGAACGGAGUCUCUACUUCAGGCAAGGUUGCUCCACCUGUAUUGGAGAAGCCCAAACGCAGCGCUGCAGCUCGGGGAAUAGGGGAUGUACGACCAAGUGUGGAGAGCCUUCUGGAUGAGCUGGAAAAUUCUGUGCCCUCUCCCAUUCCCACACCGUCGGUUGUGUCAGACGAACACACAGAUGGACAAGAGGAAACUCCAGCACAGCAGCAAGCCAGAAUGUCUGCCUCCUCUGCCACACGAGAGCUGGAUGAGCUAAUGGCCUCCCUAUCUGACUUCAAGGUCCAAAGCAAUAUCCAGUCCCAGGGAAAGACUUCUCCCACCGGUGCCCCGAAACCAGCCAACAAGCUGGACAACAUGCUUGGAAGCCUGCAGUCCGACCUCAACCGACUCGGAGUCCAGACGGUGGCUAAAGGUGUCUGCGGAGCCUGCAAGAAACCCAUCGUUGGGCAGGUGGUGACUGCCAUGGGCAGAACGUGGCACCCCGAGCACUUUGUGUGCACCCACUGCCAGGAUGAGAUCGGCUCGAGGAACUUCUUUGAGCGCGAGGGGCAGCCUUUCUGUGAGAAAGACUACCACAGCCUGUUCUCACCGCGAUGCCACUACUGUAAUGGACCCAUACUGGAUAGAGUAGUGACCGCUUUGGACAAGACUUGGCAUCCAGAGCAUUUCUUUUGUGCCCAGUGUGGAGCCUUUUUCGGGCCAGAAGGUUUCCAUGAGAAGGAUGGAAAGGCGUUCUGCAGAAAGGACUACUUUGACAUGUUUGCCCCUAAAUGUGGUGGCUGUGCCCGUGCCAUCCUGGAGAACUACAUCUCAGCUCUCAACUCACUGUGGCACCCUGAAUGCUUCGUCUGCAGGGAGUGCUUCACGCCAUUCAUAAACGGCAGCUUCUUUGACCACGACGGCCAGCCGUACUGCGAGUCGCACUACCACGAGCGCCGCGGCUCGCUGUGCUCCGGCUGCCAGAAGCCCAUCACCGGCCGCUGCAUCACAGCCAUGGGCAAGAAGUUCCACCCAGAGCACUUUGUGUGCGCUUUCUGCCUUAAGCAGCUCAACAAGGGCACCUUCAAGGAGCAGAACGACAAGCCCUACUGCCAAGGCUGCUUUGGUAAACUCUUCAGUAAGAGUUUUUGUGUAUAAAUGUGUUCGUACACCCGUCUACACAUUAAUUGUACAUGUCUGAAUGCACUCACAUGUCUAGCCAUGUAUGAGUCGGUGAAAUGUUUUUUGAGAAUGAGUUGGUGCACUGGUGGAUCACAUCAUUAGGGUGAGAGAUGUCUCAAGAGUAUUGACCCUUGGUAUGGAAGGGACUUCCCUGGUUGUCCAACCUCUCAGGCUUUGCAUUUCACACUUUUGCUAAAGACAUUUUUAAGAAAGCCCAAAGAGAUUUUUAUUUAGAGUUUUUCCUCCUGUGUGCAGUGAAGAAAAUACGCUCAUUUCCCCCUUGUGUACAUAUAUGAGCGUCAAAUCAAGACUUCUUCAGAGCGCUGAUUUGUAAAUGAUUUAAUUCCCCCAUUGCAGGGCAAGCCCUUGCACCCUAUGAUGGUUCUAUGCUGAUAUGCUGAGACAGCUGCUUAAUUGCAUGGACCAUGGAGAGUUGACUUAAAGCAGUUUUAGAAUAUGUUGAAUACACAGUGCUCGGCCAAUGAGUGGAAUAAUCCAUGACAAAGAUGUAUUUUUCUAGCUUUGGAAACUAUUGAGGUGCCAUUUCAAAUUAACCAUGAAAAUACUCCAGACGUACGCACACACACACACACCGAACUCCUCCAUCUUCUUCUCCACUUCUUUGAAAUACCAGUUCAAACUCUUUGCACACUCCACCCACAGAUCUCUUGAUGAGACCGUCUUAAGGUGCAUUUUACAGGUGGCGGCAAGAUAUUAGCUAGUCCUUAUUUUUCUACUGUUUUACUAUGAAAUUGAACCCAGAUGUUUUCAGCAUACAUUACAUUCACAUUUGUGCUCUUGUAAGUGAAUUAUUUCCCAUUGGGAGUGAGAUCAAACGCAAGUCUAUAUACAUAUAUUGAACUUUUGUCCCCCCGGAUAAACUUGUACUUUCCUACCGCGAAGUGUGCUUUGUGUCAUUUACAUUAAUAAUGUUCAAAUCAAAUGAAACGGUAGUGACUGAUGAUGACAAAAAGUAGCUCAAUAAGAAUAACGUGUUAUGGUCAAUAAUGUUGAACUUAUCAUGUAAUUUAAAAACAAGCCAAAACAAAGUUGAUUGUCUUUACUCCACUUUAAAAGUAGAGAUUUUCGUGAUUUAUGUAGUUCAAUUCAGAAUAAAUGAUUCUUCCGUUCACCAUCUUUUCCAUGUUUUACAAUUGCUACUGUUGUGAAUUUAUCACUGUAUUGAAUCUAUUAAAAACCCUGGUUAAAGAUUAACAACAUGGCUGUGGAUUAAAAGCAUGCUUUCUUAUACGUGGACUUUCAUCAGCACUAGAUGCCACUCGCUGUUACAAUCAGAAUCUAAAUUUGUAUACCUGUAACAUGCUCGACUUUGCGACAGAACUGUGUUUUUGUCACUGUUUUGAUGAAAAAAAAUAUAUUUUUGAGCGGUUUGGACUCGCACCGAUAUGCAAAGAGCUGGCUCUAUUGGCAUGCAGGCCAACAAUAGUUGACCCUGUUCUCACACACGAGUACCAGCUUUGAUUCCAGUGCGUCAGACUUCCAAGGAAACGCAGCCCUUAUUAUUUUCAUUUUGAGUCAUGAACUAUGAUCCUGCUGUCUGAGCUGAGGUCAGUACUUGGCUCACUGAUGGAAGCUGGAUGUUGGUGUUAGCUGGUCAGGAAUCAGAAUACAACACCAAGCCAGGGCCAAGCCUCAAGCAAUUACACCUAGAUGUUGUGACUCAUUUCAUCUUUAUUUUACCUGAAGCUCUGUUUUGUUACGUGAGACAAUGAGUGUUAUAUUACUUGUCUUUUGAUUCACUAUGUGUGCACAGAGUGAAUACGCAGCAUCUACAUUCAGAUUGUUUUUACUUUGAGAUGAUGUUUAUCUUGUGCCAAAUGUGUCAAUGCAAUAAGGUCUUAUACACUGUGGAGUUCUCAACCUUUAAUGCGAUUUGACUCUUUAUGGGCUGAACUCUGGGGGAGCUUUCGUCUGCCGUGGUGCAUCUUAACACCUGAUAGUUUACACUGUAAUAGACGAGCCAAGGAGAAACAGUCCACACCGAGUCAUUCAGCAGAAAGUAAAGCAUACACUUGUGGCUGAUUCAGAUUUACAGGAAGUAGCGGGGGGUGGGGGGGGGAAUACAUAGGAAUUGUGAGUUAACUUUGCCUCGUGUAUAUGUAUGUGCUUACAGUAUACUGCCUUAUAGUUUUUGAUCCUGUCAAAUAAUUCAUUUAAAAAAAAAAAAUCUAUUUACUGUUAAUGACAUUAAGUGAACUUUGUAAAUGGAGACAUUCAUGUGAAAUUUUACCAUUUGAAUUUUCUCAUGAGCCACACAUUUGUGUGGGUGGGGUGUAAGCCCAUGUGGGUCCUGAUUACUGACUGAUUAUUGUAACUGCUGCAAAUAAAAUAAGUACUUUAUUUCUGG